AUGGAGCCGGAGUCUAAUUCACACUCCGGGGCCCACCAAGACCUGAAAUAUCCAUCUGUACCCAACUCUCAGUGUGAACUGGCCAUGGGUGAUGGAAAUAUCAGUCUUGUGGACUCACUAGUGAGGGGUGGGAGUGACCCCAGUGCAUACCCCUCAUCCAGCUAUCAGAGGAAUGUGCAUCAGAGAUUCAUCAGGAGAAGUCUGUGGUUCUCGGACACAGAUGAGCAGGCCUUUGAAGCACCUGAAUGUGAUAACAGGAGUAAGAUCCUAAACAUAAACCUGCGAACAAUAGUGGAUAGGACUCUGGGGACUAGUUGUGGGGUACAAGGGGGUUCCAGCACUGAAAGUCAAGGUGGGCAAAAAGACAGUGCAACAGAGAGCGCCAGUGCUGAUGAAGAGAAGGAAAAAGGUGGAGAUGCAUUAAAUGUUACAUGCAGCGAUGGUGCUAAAACCGCUAUCAAGGCAGCCAGUGAGGAGAAUGAGGAGGAAGCAGAGAUGAAAGCGGUCUCCACAUCUCCAGGAGGACGGUUCCUCAAAUUUGACAUUGAGCUGGGGAGAGGGUCCUUCAAGACGGUUUACAAGGGCCUGGACACUGAGACCUGGGUGGAGGUUGCCUGGUGUGAGCUGCAGGAUCGUAAACUGUCAAAAGUGGAGCGUCAACGCUUUAAGGAGGAAGCAGAGAUGUUAAAGGGUCUUCAACAUCCCAACAUUGUCCGUUUCUAUGACUUCUGGGAGUCAUCCCUUAAAGGGAAGAAAUGCAUUGUUCUAGUAACAGAGCUCAUGACGUCAGGGACCUUAAAAACCUAUCUAAAGCGAUUCAAGGUAAUGAAGCCCAAGGUGCUGAGGAGCUGGUGCAGACAGAUCCUGAAAGGCCUACACUUUCUCCACACCAGGACCCCACCCAUCAUCCACAGAGACCUCAAAUGUGAUAACAUCUUUAUCACUGGACCUACAGGGUCAGUCAAGAUCGGGGAUUUAGGACUCGCAACACUCAAAGCAGCUUCCUUUGCCAAGAGUGUCAUAGGCACCCCUGAGUUCAUGGCUCCAGAGAUGUAUGAGGAGCACUAUGACGAGGCAGUGGAUGUCUACGCCUUUGGCAUGUGUAUGCUAGAGAUGGCCACCUCAGAAUACCCCUACUCUGAAUGUCAGAAUGCUGCUCAGAUUUACCGCAAAGUCACAAGCGGAGUGAAGCCAGCCAGCUACAACAAGGUCAUGGAUCCUGAAAUCAAGGAGAUUAUUGGGGAAUGUAUCUGCCAAAAGAAGGAGGAGCGGUACACCAUCAAGGACUUGUUGAACCAUGCUUUCUUUGCUGAGGACACAGGUGUGAGGGUUGAGCUAGCUGAGGAGGAUGAUGGGAAAAAGGCCUCAAUAGCCCUCAAACUGUGGGUGGAGGACCACAAGAAGUUAAAAGGGAAGUACAAGGAGAGUGGAGCCAUCGAGUUCGCAUUUGACCUGGAAAAGGAGGUGCCUGAGGUUGUGGCACAAGAAAUGGUGGAGUCUGGCUUCUUCCACGAGAGUGAUGCUAAAACUGUGGGAAAGUCGAUCAGGGACCGUGUGGCACUGAUCAAAUGGAGAAGAGAGAGAACAGUGUCUGCUGCAGUUGCAGUGAAUCAGGGUGAAGGAGGACACAGGGUCCAGAUCACACCGUCUCAGGGCAUCUCUGCUGGGGCUGCACAUGUAGGACAGCCCCCUUUGCAGGAACCAGAAGAGCCAGAGGUAGACCAGCACAACAGGCUGCGUAACCUACCAACCAGUGCCACCUCAGUGACAUCAGACGGCACACUUGACAGUGGCAUGGGCUCCACUGUGUACUCAGACUCCCACAGCAGCCAGCAGAGUGUCCUCUACCAGUCCCUGCUGGAGCCUAUUACUAUGGCAACGCAGCAGUGCCAGAGCAGUAACCCUCUUCUGACAGAUCGGCCUCACUCCUGUGAAAAGGGUGAAAUAUGGGGCGCAACACUGAGCCCAGAGCUCAGGACUCGAUUGGGAGCAGCAGUCCGGAGAGGAAGUGCCCCUGUCAUUGACACUCACAGGGAAAACCACAUCGCUCAACUCCACGCCCUCAGUCAGUUUCAGAGAUCAAUCAGUCCCACCCCCACAGUACUAGAGAACCAGUCAGAACUCAGCCCCUCUGAACUUCACUCAGAGGCUGAGGAUGGUUUCCCCUCUCAAAGUGCUCUGCCAAUGCUGCAGGUCUCCCCUGUCUCUUCACCCUCUGAGUACCGCCGCCUUAGUGACACCAGCAUCAGGCCAACAUCAGAGGCCGCCAUGACCACCCCUGGUUAUGGUCGGCUGAAAGGUUCCGGUGAUUGCUCUGAUUUCUCACUGCUGCAGAAGUCCCUGUUCAAUAUAAUCAGCCGCAAAGCAGCCCCUUGUCACACCACACCCACCCAAGCCUCACUGCUUGACCCCUCAGCCGCCCAUAGGCCUGCUCGCAGUGAUGGAGACGGCAGUCUGAAGAGUCGUGUCUUGAGUGGCAGUUCAGUUCGGGACCAAGAACCCCUCCAGGACAGCGAGGAUAGAUUCUGUGCUGGAGAGCAGCAAGUUACCCAGGCUGUGGGAGUGCCCCAACUAUGGCAGCCACAGCCCAGUGUCAUCCUGCACAAGCUCCCAGUGCACUGCAGCACAUCCAAGCUACAGUCAAACUGCCAAGUCAGCAGCCUGGUCAGAGCUCCUCCACACCAGCACUUUACAGCCAACAGAUACCCAUUCAGCAAGAGCACCAACAGCCCUUACCACAAAAUACUCAGUCCAGUAUACAACAAACACAAAAUGCUGGGCAGGCUUAUAUUCAACCUCAACUCCAGCAUAACCAAGAUACUGUGCGUCCCAUACACCAACAAAUGGCACAACAGCCCACCCACCAAGCUCAAAGUCUCCAGUCUCCUGGUCAGCAACAAUUGCAAACCUCAACUCUACAGCAGCACAGCCAGAAAGCUGUGCAAACAGCAGUUCCACAGCAGAGCCAGGGUGUAUCCCAGUCCACAGUCCAACAGGUUCAGACCCCAGCUUCUCAGCCUCAUCUCACAGCAACCCCAGUUGUGCAGGUUGCAGCCACACAUCAGAGUUACCCUGCUGCAGGUGUACCUGAUGCUGCCUCUCAGAGCUAUGCACAUUCUACCUUCAAUGCGCUGCAACAACAGACUGCUCCAUCUCAGAGCCAGUACCAGCCUGCACAGUCUACUGCUGCUCCACAGACCUAUGGAGGAGCUACCCAGAAUAUUCCUGUUGGUCAAAGCAUUUCACAACUUGGACAAGAUGGACAGGGCCAUGGGCAGAAUCUCAGCCAGUCUGCUUCCAACUCUUCCUGUAACCCCCUCUGUCUCCCCUCUCUCCCCUCUGCACAUUGAAAAUGCGUUAGUUUCACCCAUCCCAGUGUCCCUCAUACCUUCUCCCUCACCCAUGCUGGGUAAGAUGGGACCCACAUCCCCACAGCACCAGCCCACCACUGCUCUGCAGCAGAGUCAGGUUCCCCAGCAGGCCCAGAUCAGCCACCCUGAGCUUGUCCCCUCUGCUCAGCCAGUCCAGCCUACACUAUUCUCCUCACCUAUGCAGAAUGGGCCUGACCCAGGCACAGUCACCACUGCUGCCCAUCUGGACAACAAUAACCAAUGCCAGCUGGCCCUGCAGGCCCAGGCCCAGAGUCAGCUUCAGAGCCAAAUUCCUGUGCUGCAGACCUCUGAGUCUCAGAGAGCAUCAUCUGGGUCUGCCAGUUCCAGUCUGACUCAGCAGAAACAUCUCACUACUCUAACAGGAGCAGCAGGUCCAGGUCCAACAGAGACCAGCACGGAGGAUCCAGCUUCAGAGAAGCACAGUGCAGGGCAGAGCUAUGACAGUGUCAACUCUGAUGCCACGUCAGGGAAGGAGAUGAGUGAUGGUUGUGAGGGGACACAAGGAAGUAAAGGGGAAGGCAAAGUCCGCAAACACCACCGCAGGUCCACACGCACUCGCUCUCGUCAAGAGAAGAUUAGUAGACCAAAGCUCAGCAUGCUCAAUGUGUGUAACACUGGGGAUAAGAUGGUAGAGUGUCAGUUGGAAACUCAUAACCAUAAGAUGGUCACUUUCAAGUUUGAUCUGGACGGAGAUGCACCAGAGGAGAUUGCUAUAUACAUGGUGGAGAAUGAUUUCAUUUUACCUCUGGAGAAAGACGUCUUCAUUGAACAGCUGAAGGACAUUGUGGACAAAGCUGAGGACAUGCUGAGUGAGGACACCGAGGGUGAGAGGAACUCUGACCAGGGAGGCAGUCCCAAACAGAGUGAAGGAGCUGACACGCUGGGAACAGAGGCUUCAGCACCCAGCACCCCACAGCUGGUGUACCAACAAAAUGUCCUCCACACUGGCAAGCGCUGGUUUAUCAUCUGCCCUGUAGCUGAGACGCCCAUGCUAGACAAAGAGAAGACUACAUCACACACCUCUACAGCCCAGGAAUCUGAAAAGUCUGCUUCAUCAUCAGUCAGGCCCAACAACAACACAACUGCAAUGACUACCCCAGUCGCAUCUUUAUCAUCGCAAAGCCCAUCCUCCUCCUCCUCUCUGCCCUCUGCUGCUCAGACCUCGGUGCAACCUCCAGGCCAAAACCUUGGCAAAGCCCAUGUCCAGCAGACUCAGCCAAGUGUAACUAAACAUGCCCAUGCUGCUGCUGGUGUGAGCCAUCAAAACUCCCUUCCUGUGGAAGAACCUUGCAUCUCUGCUGUCUCUAUGGUGACGGACAUGCCAUGCUGUGCUAUUGUGCCACCUGUCUCUCUGGAUGUGAAUGCCAAUGAUAAAGGAGCAGUUGGUAGUUUGGUCUCGUCUCAAACCAAUCAGCCCAAUGAGAAGGCCAGUCCUACUGGAGAACUACCCCCUCAGCUGGGCUCUCAUCAGUCUGUGGUCCUGCAGCAACCCUAUGCCACGUCCAUGCAACCUGGGACAGUUACCUCCCAGCCCCAGAGUCCAGCACAUCAGACCUCCCAGAACUCCCAGUUGUCAAGCCACCAGCAGCCAGCAGGUGGAGGACCAGGAGAGUCGGACAGUGAGGGACCACGCAGGGUGGAGUUUGUUGACCGCACCAUCAAGACUCUGGAUGAGAAGCUGAGAAACCUGUUGUACCAGGAGCAUGCUCCCUCCCAGCCUUCAAGCACGACAUCUGACCCCCAGGCGUCCAGUGCAGAGGGAGUCGGCUCUCCUCCAGUCUCAGAUGGCCAGAGCACUGAGGGAGCACUUACAAAGAAGAAGGGCGACCCACUGAUCAUCCCUACUCCACCGGAUGUCAUUAGUCGUUUAGAGAAAAGCAAGACAAGCUACAGCACCUGCAGUUCUGCAGCACCCUCUAGUGGCUCAGGAGGGUCUCACAGCCAGACGCAGGGUGCAGGCAGUAAAGAGAAGGGCAGUGUGGCUGUGGGCAGGUCUUCCGUGACGGCAGCUGAAGAUGAGAAUGCAGCAAUAUCCAAAACCCUUAGUUGUAACCGCUACUCCGCCCCUCCAAACUUCUUCCAUGCCACACCCACUUCCAGCCCUGAUGUCACCCCACGCCAUAUCCCCCGAGCCCAGACCAUUGACACUCCGACCCAUCACCACUACCACCACUCCUCUCACCUCUGUUCUGACUCAGCAGAUGAGGAUAGCAGCAGCAUAGCUCUCCCUCCGGCCCACCCAGCUCCCCCACCUCAUGCCCUGUCUGAGCACAGUGGUAGCGAUCUCAUGAAGAGGGCAGUGGCCUUCCUGCGGCGCUCUGGUCGGAGCAAAAGUGAGCAGAGCUCUGAUUCACCAAGCCGACAGCCUGUGGCAAUGAAUGGUCACGCUCCCUCGCCUGCUGCAGGACAUGCCCACUCAUCCUACAUCAGUAGUGACAAUGACUCUGAGUUUGAGGAUGCUGAUAUGAAGAAGGAGCUACAAAAACUGAGAGAAAAACACAUGAAGGAGAUCUCUGAGCUGCAGGCGUUCCAGAGGAGUGAGAUUGAGCGUCUGUACAAAGAGCUGGGCAAAACUCUGCCCCCCAACGUCGGCCUACUUCAUGCGGCACCCCCAAGUGGCCGCAGGCGUAGGGCCAGCAAACACAAGCUCAAGGCUGGAAAACUGCUCAAUCCGAUGGUGCAGCAACUUAAAAACAACCUUAACACCACCACUGAGAGGAAAGGUGAAAGUGCUGCCAGUUCAUCCGGCUCUCCUGCUAAAAGUUCAAUUCUGUCAGAUGGCUCUGCCCACUCCAGUGGUAGCUCCAGCUCCGCUAAUCAGCCCAAUUCAGCCCCAGAGCAGGUCCACACACAGCAACCCUGUUCCUUGAAGGGCUCUUUCUCCUCAGACAACAUCUACUCUGGCCUACACAGUGAUGGAAUGGCCACCCAAGCAGGCCCUGGCCAAGGCUGGACGGUUUACCACCAAACGUCAGAGAGAGUCACCUAUAAAUCUAGUAGCAAACCACGCACUAGAUUCCUCAGUGGACCUGUGUCUCUGUCCAUCUGGUCCACUCUGAAACGACUAUGUCUAGGCAAAGAGCGCAGUAGUACCUCCAGUCAGACACAGCCGCAACUCACCACAGCCACACCCUCACCAUCUCCUCAGCCAAUCACACGGCUUGCCCAGGUCCAGACCAACAACAGCAACAACAAGAGAGGCACAUUCACCGAUGAUCUUCACAAGCUGGUAGAUGACUGGACGAAGGAGACUGUUGCUGCAGCCAAUCAACCAAGACCUUCCCUGAACCAGAUCAAACAGCAGAGACGCCAGCGGGACCUGGAAUGCAGAGCACCACCCAUGGGAGCAGCUACACGAGAGAUGAAAUGCCAUGUUGGUCCCAGCAAGUUCCAGCUGCCUCUUUCCUGCCCCCUGACUGCAGCUUUAGGCCCUGGUAUGCCUACAAGCCUAGCUCCAAGCUCCUCAGCAAUGCUCCCUCCUGGGUACCUUCUGCCAGCAGGCUCCUAUGGUGGAAUGGUUCCCGGUCCUCUUUACCCUCAGCAGUGGCCCGGUAUGCCUAGUCCUGUAGGGUCCGUGGGUCCUGUAGGCCUGCUUGGUGGUGCAAGAAUGAUGCCCUAUGCCACAAUGGCAAACCCAGGGAUCCAAGCCUUCCCUCUGGUCAUGCACAAGCCCGAGAAUGGCCCCUGUCCGAAAACCACUAGGACUACCUAAUCUGCUAAUUAGAAUUUGUCAGUGUGUGCGAGCAGAAUAGUCCAACUGCACUCUGCUCUGGUUCACCAGAGCCACAACUGUACAUAAUCUGAUACUGUAAAUAACAUGACAGAGUGUUGAUAUUCUUUAUACAACACAUAUAUCUGUAGUAAAUAGUCUGUCUGUCUGUCUGUCUGUCUG